CAAACUACUUAGACUGGUUGGUAUCGUUCAUCGCUGGAAAUGGUUAUAUAGUAAAAUGUUUCGAAUCGAAAUCAUUCAUAAACCACCGUGAGCGAGUCAACUAAUUCCUGAGUUAUCAAUUUUAUUUUUUGUAAACAGUAUGUCGAUCAAAGAAAUUUCAAUUUUAAAUCGGAAUCGGAACAGUAUACAAUAAUCAUCUGGAACUAUCGGAUCGUCACUGCUUGACCAACGAGUGUUAUAGUAAAUUUUAUAUUUAUUUUAAAUAUCGGAACAAUAUACUCUUCACAUUAUUUUAAGCAUAAAAAUUCACAAGCCAAUUGAGUGUUAAUUCUUCGAAAACGAAUUUAUUUAUUGUGUUUUUCAAUUUAUAAUCACAUCCGAUGGGAAUUUUUCCGUGAUUUUUCUUUUGUUUCUCUAUAUAUGUGGUGUGUCUUAGAUCAACAACAAAGAAGCGAAACUAAUUAAUUUUUUAGAAUAAAAAGAAAAAUUUAAAAUAAAUUCUUUUCCGCGUUUCGCUGAUCGCACUUUACCUCGUUAGAAUAUUUCUUAUUAUUGUUUGCAAUUAUGAAAUCGAAAAAUCUAUGGACCGUUUCGGUCGAUUAUGCUAAGCGAUCCAGUUUGGCAACUCUAAGCGAAUCAAAUGCAUCCACCGAAGAGAAGGUUCAAAAGCCACCUGGUUUCUUUGGAGUCAGACAUUGUCAAGUGUUUUUGCUGUUUUUAUGCCUGACAAUUGCGUAUGGAAUGAGAGUAAAUCUUUCCGUUGCCAUUGUGGCUAUGCUGGACCGUCAAUCGGCGAACCCAGAUUUCGAGGAAUUUGAUUGGGACGAGUCAUCAAAAUCUCUAGUUUUAAGCAGUUUCUUUUGGGGUUACAUCAUUACACAAAUUCCAGCUGGUCAGUUGGCUGAACGGUGUGGUGCGAAGUAUCUACUUUUGGUGGCUAUGUCUAUAUGUUCUCUAUUAACCACUCUGACACCGUUAUGUGCAUCUUACGGUGGAUGGAUGGCUUUGUGUGCACUGAGAGUUCUAGAAGGACUAUGUCAGGGUGUCCUGUUUCCCUCAACACAUUCACUACUUUCCAAAUGGGCACCUGCAUCCGAGAGAGCUACUCUUGGAACAUAUUGUUACUCCGGUUCACAAUUCGGUACGGUUGUCAUGUUGUCGAUAAGCGGAAUUCUUGCUUCGUCUGCUAUGGGCUGGCCUUCCAUAUUUUAUUUUUCUGGUGUGGCUGGUGGAGUUUGGGCGAUAUUUUGGUUCAUAUUCGGAAGUAAUUCGCCGUCCGAAUACAGAAAUAUUUCAGCAGAAGAGCGAGCCUUUAUAGAGUCAGCUGUUGAAACUGCAUCAACAACUGAUGAAACAAAGAAAAGACCACCAACGCCCUGGUUGGCUAUGUUUACCUCACUGCCAUUCAUUUCAUUAAUAAUUGUUCAUUCGGCGCACAAUUGGGGAUUCUGGACAUUGCUGACAAAGAUACCAGCAUAUAUGGCCAGUGUUCUGGGAUUAGACAUCAAAUCGAAUGCACUCCUCUCCGCACUUCCUUAUUUUGCCAUGAUGAUGAUGAGCUACUUCUUCAGUUAUCUGUCCAGUGUUUUGGUUAAAACGAACUGGGUGCCGCUACAAUACAGCAGAAAACUUUUCAAUUCAAUAGGUCAUUGGAUACCAAUGAUUGCAUUGGUUGCACUUGGAUAUGUAACAAGUGAACAGAAGAAUUUGGCAAUCGGUCUACUUACCCUAGCUGUUGGUAUAAACGCUGCCACAUAUCUUGGUUUUCAAUGUAACCACAUUGACUUAGCGCCAAACUAUGCCGGUACUUUAAUGGGAAUAACCAACUGUUGUGCCAAUAUUAUGUCGAUCAUAGCGCCAUUAGUUGUGGGUGUAAUAGUAAAAGAGGAAAGUAAUUCUGAUCAAUGGCGAAUAGUAUUCUUCAUAUCGGCUGGGGUGUACUUUGUUGGCAAUCUUUUGUUUGUGAUAUUCAGCAAAACGAAUGUUCAGCACUGGAAUGAGCCCGCAAAGAGAAACGACGAACGAAAUGGUUCUACAGCGGCAGCGGUAGCAUAGCCUCCAUUCGAACCGAAAUGAUUAUUCUAAUCGUGCAUCUUACAUGUUGCGUGUUGCUUCGAUAAUCGUGGAAAGUCAAGCUCAAAAAACGUACAUGAAAGUUGAUAAUUAAACGGCUCAAGACUGAUGUAAGAAAAUAUAAACAAUAAAACCGAAACAAACAAAACAAACAUCCAACAACCAAAACUCAUAUUAAAGAAAAUGUUAUGUGAUUGAUUUCCAUUAAU